AUGAAUCUGUCUGAACCUAAAAGGCACGAUGCCUCCAAGCAGCGUUUCCUGAAACAUGCCACCCAUCGCGACGAACAGGGUAAUCUGUAUUUGAGCGAGCAGGACUUUGUUGAGGCCGUCGCACCGCCCAAUGAGAAUUACGAGAAGGUGCAUCGCAACUCGUACGCCGUUCUGUUUGGUGUCGCCGACCACUCCAAGCAGGGCCGUGUGUCUCUGAACGAUUGGCUCGCUUUCGACAACCUGCUCGAGCAGCCCGACGCUGAGUUCCAGAUCGCUUUCCGUGUCUUCGACACCGAGGGUGCUGGCUACGUCAACUUCAAGGAGUUUGUCAACAUCUACAAUGCUAACCGGUCGUCCAAUUCGCUGCCAUUCGACUGGAACUCUAAAUGGGCUGCUCUGUACCUUGGUGAGUCUGGCCAACGCCAUAAUAUGUCCUACCAGCAGUUUUCCCAGAUGGUCAGCGGCUUGGUUGGCGAGCGUAUCCGUCAAGCAUUCCAGCAUUUCGACAAAAAGAAGACUGGGUUCAUUACUCCUGACGAGUUUGAGGAGAUCAUGAAACGCACCGCUCAGCACAAGCUCAGCAACAGCCUGCUCGAGAACCUGCACACCGUUACCCAGCGGCCAAAUUCCAUUUCGAGCAAGGUCUCCUAUGCUACGGUCCGUGCCUUUGUCAACCUUGUCAACCACACCGAGUACGUCGAAAAGAUUGCCCGGGAGUCCAGUCGUGAUAAUCACUUUACCCGUAAAGAUUUUAUGGAGAAUGCCGCACGCUCUGCCCGCUUCUUGAACUUUACUCCUCUUGAGAUUGACUUGCUAUUCCACUUUGCUAAUGAUGGCGACAGCAAUGACUCGGCCUCGCUCGAGAAAUUCGAGCAGAUGUUCAACCCCCAAUGGCAGGAUGUUUACAGCCGCUAUCACGCUGCGCAACAACAUAAGGUUGCGGCCGCCAAGAACGCUGCAUCAGAUCCCCGCUCCUUCUUGUCUGAAGUUUUCGAAUCUGUAUACAACUUUACCUUGGGCUCUGUUGCCGGCGCAUUCGGUGCUACCGUCGUUUACCCCAUCGAUCUGGUGAAGACGCGUAUGCAGAAUCAGCGCAAGGCAAAACCUGGCCAAGCUUUGCUGUAUAAGAAUUCUUGGGACUGCUUCAAAAAGACCGUCCAUAACGAGGGCUUCCGUGGCCUCUACUCCGGUCUGGGCCCUCAAUUGAUCGGUGUUGCCCCAGAAAAGGCGAUCAAGCUUACCGUGAACGAUCUUGUUCGUGGUAUUAUGACGAAACCCGAUGGCAGUCUGGACUUGUGGGCUGAGAUUAUGGCUGGUGGAUCUGCAGGUGCUUGCCAGGUCGUAUUCACCAACCCUCUUGAAAUCGUCAAGAUUCGUCUUCAGGUCCAGGGUGAAAUGGCCCGCCAUGAAGGCGUUCCCAAGCGCUCUGCUGUGCAUAUUGUCCGCCAAUUAGGUCUAGUUGGCCUCUACAAGGGUGCGACUGCCUGCUUGCUUCGUGACGUGCCCUUCUCAGCCAUUUACUUCCCUACCUACGCUCACCUGAAGAAGGACUACUUCAAUGAGGGACCUGGUCAUCCUCUCAAGACCUGGCAGCUCCUGGUGGCCGGUGCAGUUGCUGGUAUCCCUGCUGCAUACUUGACCACACCGUUUGACGUGAUCAAGACUCGAUUGCAGGUGGAAAGCCGUAAAGGCAUGACCCAGUACAACGGUUUGCGCCACGCGGCGUCUAUUAUUUGGCAUGAGGAGGGCUUCACAGCCUUCUUCAAGGGCGGUCCCGCCCGUAUCCUGCGCUCUUCUCCUCAGUUCGGCUGCACCCUAGCCGCCUACGAAGUCCUGAAGAGACUGCUGCCUUUCCCCGGCAGCGGCAAGAACUCCGAAGCUGGCCAUUCAGUGCGUACUGCCGACUUUGCUCCGGAGCCCCCCGUCAAAUAUUUGCGAUCGCGUAACAGUCUCAAGGUGUUGCUGGACAUCGAUGAGAACUUCGGCAAGCCUUGGGCAAAGAAAUUUUAA